ACAUCAUGAAGAUCAGGCUUCUGUUUCUGGGAUUUCUGCUUCUCCAGUGGGCAACUAGUGAGAACAUAUUGAUCUGGCCUGCAGAAGGAAGUCACUGGAUUAACUUGAAACCCAUCAUCAAUGAGCUGAUCGCAAGAGGUCACAGUGUUACUGUGGCUGUGAAUUCCGCUGCAGUUUACAUCAACUAUUCUGAACCCUCACCAGUGAAAUUUGAAGUGUUUCAAGUGCCGUUUACAAGUGACAAAUUUCAGGCUUACAUGAAUACAGUCAUGGAAUUCUUUAUCUACGAGAAAUCACAAUUAACCCACUGGCAAGCAUACAGAAGAUUCUCAGCGGCCAUGGAACCUGGAAUCAAACUUACUAAAGGCAUCUGUGACGGGGUGAUAAAGAAUGAAAGGCUUGUGCAAAAACUAUGAGAUUCGAAGUUUAAAGUUCUGCUCUCUGACCCCGUGCAUAACUGUGGGGAUCUCCUGGCUCUGAAGCUGGGAAUUCCCUUCAUCUUCUCUCUGAGAUUCUCCCCAGCAUUUGCAAUAGAGAGACUCUGCGGACAGAUCCCAGCCCCUCCCUCCUAUGUACCGGCGACCCUCUCCGAGUUUUCUAAUGAGAUGUCUUUCAUUGCGAGAGUUCAGAACGUUCUUUACACCUUCAUGUACGACUGGAUGUGCAAACAGAUGUGGGAUGAAUGGAACUCCUAUUAUAGUGAAGCUUUAGGUGAGGUUGUCUGUCUCUUUUCCUUUUGUUAAGUGAAUCGAUUACAAAAUUACCAAUUAACAUGUAGAAAUUAAGCGUUAUACCUACUGAUGUAACAAUGUCAGCUAUGUUAUUUUAAAGUAUACUCUUCACCAUUUUGUCAAUGUAUUAAUUGAAGGUACGUACGGUUCGUAAACUGAGCCAGCAUUUAAUGGUCCAUCCAUAAUUGCCAUUGAGAGGGUGGUGGUGAGCUGCCUUCUUGAACUGCUACUGCGGGCACACUCAUGAUUGUUUCAGAAAGAGAGUUGUAGGUUUUUGACCCAGCAACAAUGAAAGAACUGUGAUGUAUUUCCAAGUCGGGAUGUUGUGAGGCUUGGUUGGUGGUGUUCCCAUGUUCUUGCUGUCAUUGUCCUUGCAGCAGGUGGAAGUCAUGACUUUGGAAGGUGCCAUCUAAGAAGACUAACGCUGUAUCCUAUCAGAAUCUCUUGCCCAGCCUAGGUGAAUCAAGGACCAGAGGACAUUGGUUUAAGGUGAAGGGGAAAAGAUUUAAUAGGAAUGCGUGGUUGGUUUGGAGGGAUAUGGACCAAAUGCAGACAGGUGGGACUAGUGUAGCUUGGACAUGUUGGGCGGUGUGGGCAAGUUGUGCCUAUGGGCCUGUUUCCACACUCUUUCACUCUAUUACUCAGACUGUCACGGGGAGAACGUACAAACUCCACAAACACCCAUAGCCAGGAUGGAACCAAGGUCUUUGGUGCUCUACUGUUGCGCCACUGCGCCACCACUUCUCUGCUUCUCUGGCACGAAUCUGAACAUUGGUAAGGCACUCAAUUAGAACUCAAGCUGGAAUAAUGUGUGGGAAAGGAAUUGCAGAUGCUGGUUCAAACCGAA